GGCUUUAGUGGUGGACACAGAGCACUUGCUUGGUACAUAGGCCAACUUCUUCCUCUUUUUUAAUUUUCAGAAAUUAAAUCCAAACAAGAUGGAGGUGCUGUUAGUCAGUGGGAAACUGGAAUUGAAAACUGAAGUUCAGCUGAUUCUGGAUGCAGCUGUACUUCUGAAAAAGCAAGUCCAUAGUCUGGGAGUACAUUUAUCACACAUUAUAGGUGUGAAUGAUUGUGAGAAGGUAAAGUAUAUGUUUUGAAACCAAGGAUCAGAUACUAUGGAGAGAGACACAAAGGCUGCUGCCUGCCUCAUUGAUGAUAAAGUCGGUAAGGAUCCGUACCAUGGAUCGACGGAUUUGGAGCUUGGCUCUGCUUUUUAGGUGGGGCAAAACAGUCGUUUGCAGAUUUCCAAAAACGGGGAAGAUGUAAUGUGUGUUUGACACAACAUACGCCUAGCAAUGAACUGCGAAUGCCGUACUGUCAGCUUGUUGGAGGGGACGAGGGCAAGAAGCGGAAGGAAUAAUAAAGAACGUUCAGCUUUCACAAUAUUUUGACCCACCCACCGCCCUGUUUCUCCGGCAGCUGGUUGCGGAGCAGCCCUUACCUAGCCUUCUCCUUUCCUCCGUGGGAUUCGCUCUGACCUGUCUUUAUUGCACACACCCCUACGGCGCCCGCCUCAGUUCCGCACCCUUUCCCGGCGCGUUUGGAGAUUCAUUCUUUGACGGGAAAAAUCAAGCGGUUGGCGUUCCGCUGCGAUGUUCGGGAACUUCUUCUCCCACCUGGGUCCGAGAAUCUUGGUGCUUUUUUCACUGUUUUCCGGAAUGCUGGGUGACUGUGGACCUCCACCAGUAUUGAAAUAUGCUAAGCCGUUUGAUCCUAUUACAUCUAGCUACAAACCUUCUGAGUCAGUAACCUAUGGAUGUCUUCCUGGCUAUAAAGAAGAUCACAGCAAAAAGUACAUUGUACAUUGUCUUGCAGACUCAGAAUGGGAACAGAUAGAAGAGUUUUGUGAGCGUGGCUGUGAGACUCCACAAGAGACCAGAUUUACUGUAGUGGAUCAAGAUUAUAUUUUGUUCUAUCCUGUGGGAUCAGUUGUGAACCAUGUUUGCCACCGAGGUGCUGAGCACAUCCCUGGUCAUCCCAAAAGGCCCGCUACUACUUGUCUUUCGAAUUACACCUGGUCACCAGUCCCAGUUUUUUGUAAAG